ACUUGACAUAGAAUAUAUAAAUCACUCUAUUAUGCUAAGUGCUACAAGUUAUAUAUCUAAUCCACAUCUCUUACCAAGUCCCACCAACCAUUUUUCUUUCAUAUUUCUACUUUUUCUAUUCCAUCAACCAAACCUCAAAAUCAAGCCAUGUUUAGAUCCACUAGUACUCGAAGAGGCCCUGAAAAAUAUGAGAAAUUAGAUAAAGAGUUUGGUGGAGAUAAUAAUGGAAUUUCCAAUGAUAAUGGAAUUUCAAAUGAAGAGUACUUGAAGAGAAGUGCAAGUGUUCCUUCAGGGCCAUCAAAUACAAAGGAUAAAAUGGCUAUGGCUUCAAACUUUGGUGAUAUUAAUCUACAAAGAAACCCUACAAAGAAAGUAAGUAGUAGUGAUCCUAAGAAUAACAGUGUUCACCCACUUUUGAAUUUCUUUGAUUUUAGGAGGAGGAAGAAGAAAGCAACAUCUAAGCCUGAAUUUGCUAGAUAUGUUGAGUAUAUGAAGGAAGGAGGCAUGUGGGAUUCUGAAUCAGAUAAGCCUGUGAUUUAUUACAAAUGAUGUGGAUUCAUCAAGUUUGAUUCAUGUUGGUGAUAUUUCUUGUAAAAAUUAGAGUUUGGAUUUUAUGUAUCAAGUUAAUUUGCAUAGGAGGAUGUAGUCAUGUAGAUCAAAGUUAGUUUAAAUGAUUUUGUUCUUUCAAAUUGUAUUAAAAAUAGUUUGAAGAAGAAAUAAAAAUGAACUAUUGUGUUUA